CCUCACGAGUCCUCAGUUGUCAACUUCACGCACAGCAUGCCGCAAUGGAGCACUUUAGGGGACGGACACACGAAUCGAGGUGCUCGCUGCGAACGGCUCUAAAAUGCUGCCCUGGAAGAAGAAUAAGUUCGACCUGAUCGAGGAAGACAAGCAGUCCAAACCGAAGGGCUAUGCGGUGAGUCUUAACUACUCGGCGCUCACCUCCUUGGCCAAGUCCUGCCCCGAGAGCGCGCUCAACCGGGUGGGCAACAUGUUUAAGUCCAAGCGGAAAAAGGUCAAGAUCACCAGCGACGACCCCACGUACACGGUGCUCUACCUGGGCAACGCCACCACCAUCCAGUCCAAGGGGGACGGCUGCACCGACGUAGCGGUCAGCAAGAUCUGGGGCAAGAGCGACCUGGGCAAGAACGGCACCAAGAUGCGGCUCACCGUCAGCUCACAGGGCAUCCGAAUGGUGCACGUGGACGACAAGACGAGGAGACCGGGACACUUGUACUUGCUGCACCGCAUAACCUACUGCGUGGCGGACCCGAGGCUGCCCAAGGUGUUCGCGUGGAUUUACCGGCACGAGAUGAAGCACAAGGCGGUGAUGCUGCGCUGCCACGCCGUGCUCGUUUCCAAGCCGGAGAAGGCGAAAGCCAUGGCGCUGCUGCUCUACCAGACCUCGGCCACGGCUCUGGCGGAGUUCAAGCGCCUGAAGCGGAGGGACGACACCCGUCACCAGCAGCAGCAGCUUAUCGGGGAGCAAACCAUCCCCCUGGCGCCCCUCAGAAAGCUGCUGAACGGCCAGUGCAACUACAAGCCGCCGGUGGAGCGCAGCCGCAGCGCGCCGAAACUGGGCUCCAUCACGGAGGAUUUGCUCGGGGAGGAGGAGGAGGAGAGGGCCAUGCACUUUGAAUGCGACGACAUUCUGGACACGGACGAAUGCGUGGCCAAUGGCAAACAGGAGCUCACUCAGAUUAUUAACGAUUUGGGAGAGAUGAGCAUUGGCAACGACGUGCAGACGCUGAAAGCUGACCUCCAAGUCACCAGACUGCUAUCGGGGGAGAGCACGGGGAGCGAAUCGUCCAUAGAGAGCAGCCACGAGCUCCACGCACUCUCCAACGGCUUCGAGCACAUAAAAGUACAGUGAGUAAUAGGACACUAAAGCCAUUGUUGUGUCUUGAGCCAACGUGUCUCCUCCAAGACACAACCCACCUGUUGACAGCAUUAAGACUUUCUUUAAAUGUGUGCCUCUGUAAGUCUACAACAGUGUGAGGAGGGGUAAAAACAACAACAACAACAAAAACCAUCCACAUGGUUUGGGGGAUAACAUCAUGUUGUAGAAGUGUGUUCGUGCAAAAAAAAAAAAAAAAAAAAAAAAGAUAAUUUUUUGAGAUGCCUGCUUUUAACCUGCCAAAUCCUGGUGCCCCAAAGGGAGCACAUGCAGGACUAAUUCCUGUCUAUUUUAUUUUAGAGCAUUUUCCUCACGGCUUGUUUUUCCAGUGGUGAAAAUAACAAAUGCUGAAAAUGUGCCCACUAUGAUCGAAAAAUAUUCCGUUUAGUUUGUUCUUUUAUUCAGUGGUGGGGAACCUAUGGUCCAUGGGCUAUGUAAGGCAUGCCAAGUGCAUUUGUUCCCACCUGCCUUGCAACAAUAUUUAACCUACAAAUGCUCAUAAUACAUGAUAAUUAGUGCGUCAUAUUUUUUACGGUUCCCCGACCAUGCCUUAGUGGACCAAAACAUUUACAACCCCUCCUAUUCUUUCAUUUUGCACUGUCAUGAACUUUACUCAAGUAUCACACUGACUACCAUGUGCUUAUUGUCUGUUUUGUUAUGUUGUCUCAAACAUAAAUGUCAUAUUUUUGCUGUGCAAAAGAAGAAACACAUUUUGUGUAAGAUGUAAGGUCAGAUGUUUUAAAGUAUAAAUAUGUAAUUUUUCUAAAUAAUACAAAAAUGUGGUUUGUUCUGUGAACCUCAUCAAUAAAAGAAAUAGAAAGUUAUCAAACGUGUCAAUUCAUGAGUUUUGUCUGAGAACAUGUGCUCUUUGUUGCUCGUAUCAUGUUUGUGUCCAAUGAAAAGCAUCUAUCUCCACUUUGGGUGAGUUUUGAGUUGUUUUCCAAAAACAAAACAAUUUAAAAAUGAAGUAGAUUGGAGACACAUGCUUUUCAUUAGGCAGUAACGACACUUAAGAUUUAAACUGUUAGCUGCAUGGAAACAAUAUGAGUCAUGGAAUUAAGACAAUCUAUUCAGAUGUAUUCAAUUUGAUUACUCCUCAAUCAAUUCUUAUGUGUUGUCCCCAAUGGGAGGAGGCUGCUGAGAAGUUAUUUAGUACGACCACUGAGGUCUCAUUCAUUGUCACCAGCCUCGGGGCAUACGCGGAGCAUGUCAAGACAGUUUGAACAUCACAUGGCUCUUAACGACUUGGCCACAGAAGCACUGGGGUUAAUAGGAUACUUUAGGACUUUUUAUUAAUAUUAUUGUGUUAUCUCCACAAACCUAUGCGUCACAUGGCCAUCAUUGUUUGCUUUGCACACACAAAAAAAGCUAGAAUUACCUCUCUCGAGUGGAAUUUGUCCACAACUCGCAAAUGAGUAAAUAUCCUGCGCAUUCACAGUUAGCGAGCCAGCACAAACGCCAGCGCCCCAGUUGCCCCUCAUUAGGCUCAGUGAUAUAACAGCUUGGCCAAAACACACAUCUCGAUUGAUGUAUUGAUACGUGUGGCACUACUCGCAGUGCAGACAUGCAGCAAUGAAGCGGUGCACAAACAUGCACAAGGAGGGAGAAAAUA